AUGGAACAUCAUCUACUGCAUGGCCCAGUGCCUGUCCUGCAAGAGUAUAACGACUUCCAACAGUAUCGGACCGCCACAGAUCGAUGGAAUGAUUAUGUCGCGAUAGGAUCAAAAACCGAAAGUACAGACAACAGGCUUGACUAUGCCCUAGUUGGGAUGGCUCUCAAAGAGAAUGUGCCUUUUCUGACGGAAAGGGACAAUCACAUCAAAUGUGACGGCUUUCCGUUGUGCCACCCGGAUCUCAGCCUCCAAAAUAUAUUUGUCGACGACGAAGUCAACAUAACAUGCAUCAUUGACUGGGCCUUUGCCUCGUCCGUUCCACCGUCUAUGCUUCUCGUCUGUCCUGGACUACCCCACCCCCGUGAUCGCGCUCAGCCAUGUCUUACGAAGUAUUUUACGGAGGCUUUCAUUGCUGCGAACGGAUUUAGUUGCGAGAAAGAUCUAUGUUUCUCGGACAGUAGUAUGUUCUGCACAUUAUCUCGUCUAGCUUAUCUCGAUGGUCUGCAAGAUCACAUUUACUUAUCCGAAUUUGUGCGUUCGUGUCUUGGCCAAGAGACCAACCUUUAUAUUCGUCAAUUGAAAGACCGAGAAGAGUUCAAAGAAUUCGCUCGGAUUCUUGUGGCGUAUGAGACUGAUGAAGAAAGCCUGAAGGAGGAUGAAAAGCAGUAUUUUUCAUGUGUUGGUAGUGAGCGAUUCACUUUAUCACAGCACCUCACAGUGAUAAAAGAGAUAAAUCGAGAUUUUGUUGCGGAUAAGCGGCUCUAG